GGGAAAGGCUGAGGGACCGAUGGGAAGGCAUGAAUGAAUGAAUCUCCAUAAAGAGCCCCAAGCAGCAGGGAGAGGGAGAGAGGAGGAGGAAGGAGAGGAGGAGGAAGAGCCGGAGCAGGGCAGGCAGCAGCAGACAUGACGCCGGCAGCUUCAACUAUGAUCAGUGCAUAAAUCUACCUGCAACACAGGAUGUUGGAAAAUUACCGAGAGACAGCAACGUCCUCCCUGCUGCUUGGUGAGAAAAGAAGGAUGCACCUUCAGGUUAAACCCUGGGCUUGGUGACCACCCGUGGGAUCCCGAAUGCCGUGUCCAGCGAGCCUCCCAGCCCCUGAGGACAACAACUAGGACACAUCCAGGGCUGUGGCUGGGACCUGCAGUGACACACGGGCUCAGAGGUGAGCCGGGGGACCCAGCAGGGACAGCCAAACACACAGAGGCACAGGGAGAUGGGGACCAGCGCCACGAUGUGCAGCAGAAAGAAAACGAGGAGAAGUACUAUAAAAAAUGAGAGGAAGGCUUGUCUCUAAGCCUGAACAACUCCUCUGCACAGGCGCUUAACUUCAUGACUCCCUCCUCGAGAUGCCAGAGGCUUGGUGAUGUGGGACCAGCCUCAGCCACCCAGGCCUUGGUAGCAGCCCCUGGCUGCUGGCUGCCGAGCACCGUGGGCACCGAGCUCCGCUUUCUCCACGGACGCUUCCCUCCCGUCUCUGAGCCAUGAGGAGAAGGGAGAGGCAAGCAAAGCUGCCCAAGGAGCACUAGCCCUCGCCUUCCCAGCCCCUGUCCUGUUCCCCGCUUCCAGCAGACCAGGAGCCCCUCUCCGUGCUGCCCUUCCAGAUGGCAGGUCGCCGGUGGGCCGCGACGUCAGCCCUCUGCAUGUGCGUGGCGGCCGUGUCCCUCCUGCACGCCGGCGGGGUGCGGGCAGACUGCUGGCUCAUCGAGGGGGACAAGGGCUUCGUCUGGUUGGCCAUCUGCAGCCAAAACCAGCCCCCCUACGAGUCCAUCCCCCAGCAGAUCAACAGCACCAUCGUGGACUUGCGGCUGAACGACAACAAGAUCAAGAGCGUGCAGUACGCCUCGCUCAGCCGCUUCGGCAACCUGACAUACCUCAACCUGACGAAGAACGAGAUCUCCUACAUCGAGGACGGUGCCUUUUCAGGACAGUUCAACCUCCAGGUGCUGCAGCUGGGUUACAACCGACUGAGGAACCUCACCGAGGGCAUCCUCCGGGGCCUGGGGAAGCUGGAGUACCUCUAUCUCCAGGCCAACCUCAUCGAGAUCGUCACCCCCAAUGCCUUCUGGGAGUGCCCCAACAUAGUGAACAUUGACCUGUCCAUGAACAGGAUCCAGAGACUGGACAGCAACACUUUCCGGGGCCUAAACAAGCUCUCUGUCUGUGAACUCUACAGUAACCCCUUCUACUGCUCCUGCGAGCUCCUGGGCUUCCUGCAAUGGCUGGAGGCUUUCACCAACAUGACACGCACCUACGACCGGAUGCAGUGUGACUCCCCGCCCGACUACAUGGGCUACUACUUGUUAGGCCAAGGCCGGACUGGCUACCGCAAUGCUCUGAGCAUGCUCUCUUCCCUUUGCACUGGUGGCUCCUACACUGUGAUCCCUCGUUUUAUCCCCCCCAGGUACCAGGUGACCACGGUGCCCUCCGAAAGCCCCUGCUCCGAGGAGGAGUGCUCCUCCGGCGACGGCACGACGCCGCAGUUCUCCCUGUUCACGCCCAUCGGUGAGACCGAGGUGCGCCCCAACAUCCAGGUGAAGCACCUCAACCACAACUCGGCCGUCCUCACCGUGCAGAUCCCCUACCCCUUCAGCAAGAUGUACAUCCUCUCCCAGUUCGAAAACGGCUUCUCCUCCAUGAUCACCAAGCUCAGGAAGAAGGAGGAGAACAUCACCGUGAGCAACCUAGUAGCACAAAGAGAUUACACCUACUGUGUAGUCUCUGUUCACCAGUACUCCAAGUACAACCACACCUGCGUCACCAUCACCCCCACCAGACCCAACCGCAAGGAGCCGGUGCCCACCCCUUCCACUGCCACCCAUUACAUCAUGACAAUCCUGGGCUGUCUCUUUGGCAUGGUGAUUGUCCUGGGCGUGGUGUAUUACUGCCUCCGCAAGAGGCGCCAGCAGGAGGAGAAGCACAAAAAGGCUGCCGGCAGCAUGAAGAAGACCAUCAUCGAGCUGAAGUAUGGGCCAGAAAUGGAGACCACCAGCAUCACCCAGCUGUCCCAGGGGCAGAUACUGGGUGGGGAGACAGUGACCCGCAUCCCCUACCUACCUUCUGCUGGCGAGGUUGAGCAGUACAAGCUGAUUGAGAGCAGUGAGACCCCCAAGGCCACCAAGGGCAACUACAUGGAGGUGAGGACGGGUGAGCAGCCUGAGAGGAGAGACUGUGAUCUGUCCCUGCCGCCAGACACGCAGGGCUCUGUGGCUGAGAUCUCCACCAUCGCCAAGGAGGUGGACAAGGUGAACCAGAUCAUCAACAACUGCAUCGAUGCCUUGAAAUCCGAGUCCACCUCCUUCCAAGGGGUGAAGUCGGGGGCGGUCUCCACGGUGGAGCCUCAGCUGGUGCUCUUGUCAGAGCAGAUCCCCAGCAAGCACGGAUUCCUCUCCCCCGUCUACAAGGAAAGCUACAACCACCCUCUCCAGCGACACCACAGCAUGGAGGCGGCCCCCAAACGCUCCAGCACCUCUUCCAGCGGCUCCAUACGGAGCCCCAGGUCCUACCGCUCCGAGGGAUCGGGCCACAAAUCCGAAGCCAAAUACAUCGAGAAGACUUCCCCCACCACCGACACCAUCCUCACUGUGACGCCGGCCGCGGCCAUCCUGCGGGCAGAGGCGGAGAAGAUCCGCCAGUACAGCGAGCACCGGCACUCGUACCCCAGCUCGCACCCGGGGGAGCAGCACGACAGCAUGGGCGGGCGCAAGCCCUCCAUCCUGGAGCCGCUGACCCGCCCUCGCCCCAGAGACCUGGCCUACUCCCAGCUCUCGCCUCAGUACCACAACCUGAGCUACACCUCCAGCCCAGAGUACACCUGCAAACCCUCGCACAGCAUCUGGGAGCGCUUCAAACUCAACCGCAAGCGGCACAAAGACGAGGAGGAGUACAUGGCAGCCGGCCACGCCCUACGCAAAAAGGUCCAGUUUGCCAAAGACGAGGAUCUCCACGACAUCUUAGACUACUGGAAGGGCGUCUCUGCCCAGCAAAAGUCCUGAGUCCUCACACAACUCGUGACUUAACACACUAACUGGACCAAAAAGAAAUCCGCAGCAGCUAUUUUUAUUCAGACUGUCUUUGAAACAAAAUAAAAAUUAAAAAAAUAAAAAAAAAAGAGAGAGAGUCAAUAAAAAAGAGUAAAAGAGAGAACAAAUAAUGAAAAAAAUCUAUAAAUAUUCUAUAUAAUAUAUACAGUGAGAUAUUAAAAUGUCCUCACGUUGGUGAGACAUGCACCAAAUUUAAACACAAACUUUGCAAACAAACAAACUGUGCAGUUGGAAAAAAAACAAAAAAAAGUUUUGUUUCAUUUUGAUUUUUUAAAAAAAUGUAAGAAAAAAGAAAAAAUUGAAUAUAAAAUGAAAAUGAAAGAGCGAGCAGAGAGCUGAGGUCUGGCGUUUUCCAAUAUUGCAUUGCAUGAGUCCCUAUUCCGUGAUUUUGUGGAUUCUUUGUGAACAGUUUGUGUUCUUCCUUCCUUCCUUCCCUUCCAAAAUCAACAGCGACAAAAACAGCAACAAAAACCAAAAAAGAGACCAGAAGGAGCUCCAUCUUUUGGGCUGUUUUUGCAAACGGAGUCUUCCAGUUUAGACUUUCACCCGGUUGAAGGCCCGUUCACAUUUUCACUCACUAAGAGGUUUUACCACACAUUGCAUUGUAAACCGAAGUCGUUAAUUGUACAGAGAAAAUUUCUAUAUUUGCAAUGUUUGCUGUAUAAUGAGAGAGAGAGAGGAGAAAAAAAACAAUACUACAUCUACUAAAAAAUAUAUAUAUAUAUAUCUCUA